AGCAGUGAAAAGAGAGAGAGAGAGAGAGAGAGAGAGAGAGAGAGGGACAAAAAAGUUUUUUUUUUUAAAAAAAAGCAAUGGUUGGGUGAGAGUUGAGAGUGUCCAAAAAGACAGAAGGGCAAUAAAUUAGGACUGAAAUUUUGCUAUCUCUGUCUCUGUCUCUAUUGCUUUUUCUCUUUCUACAGAAGGGGACCACCCUAUCUACAUUCUAAGCUUUUUAUAAUACUUUUGUGAAGGUCUCUCCCUGUUCUUCUUCCACUUCUUGAGCUGCUUGAGAGCUUCAGAGGAGUUUAAGAGUGAAAAAGAGAGAGAGAAAAAAAAAAAAAGAGAGAGGAAAAAAUGGAAGAGUCUUUGGGUGUUGCAAAGUGAGGCAUCAAGUAGCUAGUCUUUCUCUUCCAUCUCAACAAACCCAUGUAUGUAAGCUUUUCAUGAUGUUAUGGACAUUCCCAGUGUUUACAAUUAUAUCUUCAAGUCCUCUCUCUAUCUCUUGAUGUACAUCUCAAUUUAUUAGUCUCAGUUCCUGGUCAGAUUACUUAAUUAUUACAAUGUUAUCAUUUGUUCUUCCUAGUUUUUCCUUUGAAUAUAAGUAUCAGAGCGGCAGGACGAAGUCCUCCUGAGUUCGAAUCCCGUCAGACUCCUAGUAUUAUUUAAUUUUCUCCAAUUUAAUUCAAGUCCUGACGUAGGAGAGUGUUGAAUAUAAAUAUUAAAAAUGUUGUUCUGUUUCAUAUGAUUUAACGGAGUUCAUAACUACUAAUGGAUCAGUAUUUAUGCUUCCAAUUAUUGCUCUGUCAUUUACAGGUUAACCAUAGUGGUGCAGGGGUAGUAGUGAUUCAAGUAAGAUGUCCUCAGCCAUAAACUAAAUCUGACAUUAUCAGUAUUUGUUUACUGUGAUUGCUUAGAGUGCAACUAUUUAAUUUGAGCACAAGUUAAUAUGGUUACAAAGGAGGUUUCCGAAAAUUACAUGCACGACGGCCCGAUUCGCGACGACGAUUUGGCCUCUGCUCUUCACUGGGACGGAAGGAAUCAAAUCAAUCUAAUUCAAAUCCAGCUGAAUAGUUUGCCGCCUCACUUAGACUCCCGAGGGCAACAAAAUUCUGAUUCGGAGGAGAAUAUAGUUCGUAGGCGACACUCGGCAACGAGGUGUUCGAUGAAUUGCCGAGCUGGGGAAGAGAAUGGUCACAAUGAUUGUGUUCAAGGCUGCGGUAAUAGUUUGUCGCUUACUCUCGGUUCUUGCCUCUUCUACGAUCCCAUGAAGCCUUUCAAGCGAACACAAGCGAAUUUUAUGGGCUCCAAUUCUUCAUUAGAUAGAGAGAAUUUGAGAGAAUUUGAUUCUGCAAGUGUUGACCAUUUGAAGCAUUAUUGUGUGUUCAAUGCGGAAAAAAGGACUAGUUCUCCGCGUAACACUGCCUCUUUGAGCUCUUUUUUACAGCGUUCUCCAUAUUUAAAACCCGCGCAAGAGUUACUCGAUGAAGUUGUAUGUGUAAGCGACGCAAUUGAGCUAAAUGUGGAGAACGAGGAGCUAAAUGUGGGGAAUGAGGCGCGGAACAAUGAGUUAGAUGGAAUGGAUGCUCAAGCCAAUGACAGGUAUCUUAAAUUGGGAGAAAGGAUUUAUACUCACAAAGAGAACAUGCCGCCGGGUAAUCAAUUGUCGUCUCAGGAUAAGAACAAUAUUCAAGCCAAGCUGAUUGCUUUGUUGAAUGAGCUUGAGACUCGGUAUGAGCAAUAUCUUCAUCAAAUAGACCAAGUGGUAUCAUCAUUCGAAGUUGUUUCAGGCAAUGGGGCUGCUGCUCCCUACACUGCCCUGACAAUUCAAGCGAUGUCUCGACACUUUGCGAAUUUAAGAGAUGCGAUAGUCUCUCAGUUGCAUGCUUUGGGAGAGUCUGAAGGUGAACAAUACACUGGAAACUAUAAGAACUUCUCUGAAGGCAGAUCCUUGUGUCGAACAACCGGAGAGAAAAGGGAGACUCUUCAAACCCUGGGAUCGAUCCAAAUCCGACAAGAUUGGAAACCAUUGAGAGGACUCCCAGAAGACUCAGUUGCACUUCUUCGAGCUUGGCUCUUCGAACAUUUCCUUCAUCCCGAGAAGUCCAUGCUAUCUUCGCAGACAGGCUUAACCAGAAGCCAAAUUUCAAACUGGUUUAUUAAUGCGCGCGUGCGGCUGUGGAAGCCAAUGAUAGAAGAGUUGUACAAAGAGGAAAUUUCCGAGUAUUAAAGGGAUUUAAACACAUCAUCUUGACGAAUUCUUUAAUAUGGUUAUCUUAUUGGCAAGUGGUUAUUAGAGUAGUAGAGUGAAUAUGGAAGAUUUAUCUUUAUCCCUCCGAGGUUCAUUCACUUUCGUUUUGGGAUUUUUUGGUCAUUCAACGUGCGCAAGGAGGUCAAAAUGUGAAGAUCAUAUUUCAUGUUUUUUGAUAUAACUGCAUUGUCGAGGGAAUGUUGAUUAGUUAAUAGAGUACUAGAGUGAAUAUGAUAGAUUUAUCUUUAUCCCUCUGAAGGAUUUUGGGUCAUUCAAUGGAAGCAAGGAGGUCGAAAAAUGAAGAUUAUAUUUCAUGUUUUGAUGUAACUUCAUUGUUGAGGGAGGGCCUGCUAAACUUUCUAUCUAAUAAGCUAUUCAAGGAAAUAUCAGUAGUGUUUUCAUUAAUAUCU